AUGAGCAAACUUACGGAUGCGCAACGCACACAGAUCUUCUGGGCUGCAACUGUCAUUGCUGUAGCUGUAUCUCUACUUCAAGGCGCUAUCACAACUCUCGUCGAAAUUUGCGAGACAGAAGGUUUAUGGACAAUCAGAUUCAGUUUGGGCAGAAGGGAACAUCUCUGGUGGUCAGCCAUAGCCAUCGCUCUCGUCGCUUCCUUUGGCUGUAUGGUCUUAUCUUUCCUUGCCGGCAAUAACAACGAUUCACUCGGAAUCAUAUUGCUAGCCAGCGCAUCCUCUCUCGCCGUAUUCCGCUAUGCAUGGCCUGCAUGGCGUAACCGACACUAUUGCUCUAAUCGAUGGGCAGCAUGGACUGGCCCGAGCCGCACAGGAAUUGACACGACUCUAGUCCCCUUGAUUAAAGGCAACGAUCCAUGGCCGAUCCUUAGUAAAGAGGUCCCAGUAAUGAAACAGCACCCCGUCGACAUCCGUCUUCCGAUCUUCCGAUCAAAUCUCAUCGCCGAUGACCCCACAGACAUCCUCAAGGCCAGGAAGCGUCUCAUGGAUACCGUAACAGGACAAUCCGAACAGCAGCCAGACCAGAAAUCAGAGACACCCCUUGUUCCAGACGACACGACAGGUCUCUAUGCCCCCAUCCAUUCCAAUAAAUCCGCUUCCCUCCUCUGGGGCACCCACAUUGGGUUCUCUCCCCGUGUCAGCCGCGGCAUCCUCGCAGUCCCCCAACGCCUCCUCCGAUCUUCCCCCCUCACAUCCUCAGGGCACGACGGCCAACCCGUCUGCCUCGCGCACGGUAUCCUAGGGCGCAACAAAGGCCUCGAGCCGUACAGCUUCAUCCUCGGUCUCAACCCCGGCAAAUUCGAAGAAAAAUGCGUCCAAUGGCCACGUCCGAGCAAAGUCCUGCGCACGUACUACCGCGAGGAGAUGAACGCAGCUUAUGGAGGCCUAGGGUCUGUAUUCGUAGAUGCAGCGACAGAACUUGCGCUCCUGCUGGCCGAUUCAAGCCAUAGUCUCAUCGAAGACUGGCUUAGCUUGCGCAUGGAACAUCAGGACCACGCAUUGAAUAACCAACUCGCGCGUCUUGGUGCGAGUGAUGAGGAGCUUAAGGUGUUGUAUCGCCUUUCGUACGCCGCGAUGUUGGUUAGUUUGAGCGCGCAUAGGAAGGGGAGAGAGUGGAGGCCUGAAAUGAAGCUUUUUAGGGCGUAUUGGAAAAUAUAUAAAGGGGAGGAGAUGCCGGCGUGGAUGGGUGAAGCUGUGAUUGUGGAGAGAAUUGGGAAGGAGGAGAGUGGGGCAGGUGAUACGGAUCUGGAUGCGUUGAUCGAGGCUGUUUUGUAUAAGAUUGAUUCACCACGUUCUGUAUGA